AUGCCUCCGAUUUUCACACCAUUUCACUGUUCUCUCCUCUGCAUAAUAUCCUUGGCAUGCCUUUUCAUUCAGCCUCAUCUCGGAAUUCCGGAUGUCUAUGAGCCUCAAAAUGUCUUGAAUGUUCAACACGGACGUGUUCAACAAGUACAUAGCUCUCUGCAGUCCGGUUACCUUUUUCCUCAGCCCUACUAUCGCCACAGGCUACCUCCUUCUUCGGUGUUUCGUCGUCCAUAUCAACGUGGACAAUGGCGCCACUUCAAAAGACCACCCCCGACUGGCCGACAGCGUCGUAGCUACGAAGGGUUUAUCAAACCCCCAAGAGGCAGAAGCAGAGGAGUGAUUGGUCUUGACGAGCCAGAUAUCAACAAUACGCCAGAAAGACUGGGAGCUCAAGAGCAGGCGAAGUCCAGUGAGUCGACACGACGGCGUACGGUUGCUGCUGAUGACGCUGUUUUCUGGCCAAACUGGUGUAACAGGCCAUUGCUGCGAAAGGGCUGA